AGAGAAAAGAAUAAACAAGGUCUAAAAAAUGGCGGGAGGGAAGCUGAAGUGGUAUUUCUAGGUUUUACGAAAGGAAAAUUUCAUUUCGAGAACUGCUCUUCAAAUUGCUCUCGAUCAGUUACCUGAUGCUCUUGUAGGGUUUGAAUAUUCUUCACUUGUAGUGUUACAGACGGAGAACGAUGUAUGGAAGUCAAUUCGACGGUAACGCCGCCUUCUCCGGUGGCGGAUUCAUGCCAUCUCAGACCACCCAGGCCCCUGAUCAUUCAUUCUCUCCCGCAAAGAAUCGAGAUGUCCAGGCAUUGCUUCCAUUAACAGUGAAGCAGAUAAACGACGCAUUUCUGUCUAGUGAUGAUAAAUCAAAUUUUGUUAUUGAUGGUGUUGAUGUUAAUAAUGUUAAGCUCGUAGGGAUGGUGCGCAAUAGAGCAGGAAGAAUUACUGAUGUGACUUUUGCACUGGACGAUGGCACUGGAUGGAUUGACUGUAGCAAAUGGGUCAAUGAAGCUGCAGAUUCAAAUGAAGUUGAGGGAAUAUUGGAUGGCAUGUACGUCCGAGUCCAUGGCCACUUAAAGAGCUUCCAGGGUAAAAGAACUUUGAAUGUCUUUUCUAUCAGGCCUGUGACAGACUAUAAUGAGAUCACAAGUCACUUCAUCGAGUCCAUAUAUGUUCAUUUUUACAACACCAGAUUACGGAAACAACAAGGUAGUAGUAUCACUCAGCCACAGAUGGCAAAUUUAUCUAAUACGCCUAUGAAAGGAUAUCAAGCUCCUAUGUCAAAUCAGUACACUGGUCAAGCAGGCGGUGAUGGUUGGAAGAGCCUUGAGCAGAUGGUCUUAGAUUUCUUGCAACUUCCUUCAUGCGAUUCUGAGAGGGGCGCACACCGUGAUGUCAUUGCUCAACAGCUCAAAGUUCCACUGGAAAAGCUCAUUCCAGCGAUGAAAAAUCUAGAAGAGGAAGGCCUAAUCUACUCAACAACUGAUGAUUACCACUUCAAGUCAACCGCCAACGGCUGACGUUUCUAUUAUGGUAACCAAUGAAUUGAAGGCAAGUUUAUUUCCUGCGGUUCUUUCGUUUCAUCUAUAGUUUAAGCUGGGAAAAUCUUUGUAGUCAAAAUAGGAUCCGUGCAACGUCUGUUUUAGCUUCUAUAACAGCGAUACAAAAAAGAAGGAAAAAUGAAAACAAAAGCCCACAUGGCCGUGGCUUGUUGAAACUAUUGUUAUGAUGUUUGUUUCUACUGUGCAACAUAUUUUGGGGUGUGCUACAGUACAGGGUGCAUGGAGAGGUGGAUUUGGCUGACUCCAGCAAUUCUUUCC